AUGGUAACGGAUGCCCCCGCCCUCACCACCUCCCUCCGGCUCUCCCCCGCCCCAGGUGUAAACGGUGUUCGUUAUAAGGAUUCUCAGGAGAAAGCGGAAGCUUCCUUUCCUAAAACUAUUCUGAACCAAGGAGUUGAUAACCGGUACCUGGUUUUAGCUGUCAGUAUUGUACAGAAUGAAGAGAGAAGCCAUGAAAAACAUCUAAGCAUCACUGCCUCCAAGUCGCUGGAACAUAAAGAAUUGUGCAUCCUUCGGAAUGAUUGGUGCUCUGCUCCAGUAGAGCCAGGAGACAUCAUUCAUUUGGAAGGAGACUAUAAAUCUCAUACUUGGAUAAUUGAUAAAGAUUCGGGAUACUUGAUUUUAUAUCCAGACUUGCUGAUUUCUGGCACAAGUGUAGCCAGUAGUAUUCGAUGUAUGAGAAGAGCUGUUUUGGGUGAAACGUUCAGGAAGUCAGAUCCUGCCACACACCAAAUGCUCACUGGUACGAUUCUACAUGAAGUAUUUCAAAAAGCAGUAAAUGAUAGCUUUGCCCCAGAAAAACUACACGCGCUUGCUUUCAAAACUACUCAAGAAAUAAGGCACCUGAAGGAAAUGUACCGCUUAAAUUUAAAUCAAGAUGAUGUAAAACAUGAAAUAGAGGAGUAUCUUCCUUCCUUUUCUAAAUGGGCUGGAGAUUUUAUGCAUAAGGAUCCUUCAACUGAUUUCCCUCAGAUGCAGUUCUCUCUGCCAAGUGAUGAUAGUAAUAAUUCAACAUGUAAAAUUGAAAUUGUAAAAGCACUGGAUAUUGAAGAAAGUAUUUGGUCCCCUAGAUUUGGAUUGAAGGGCAAAAUCGAUGUUACAGUUGGUGUGAAAAUACAUCGAGGGUAUAAAACAAAAUAUAAGAUAAUGCCAUUGGAACUUAAAACUGGCAAAGAAUCCAAUUCCAUUGAACACCGCAGUCAGGUAAUUCUGUACACACUGCUUAGCCAAGAAAGAAGAGCUGACCCCGAAGCUGGCUUGCUCCUCUACCUCAAGACUGGCCAGAUGUACCCUGUGCCUGCCAAACAUCUAGAUAAAAGAGAACUAUUAAAGCUAAGAAACGAGAUGGCAUUCUCUCUUUCUCACCGUAUAAGCACGUCUGCUUCUGGAAAGCAGAAGACCCAGCUUGCUCCUCUGCCAGAGGUCAUUGAGGACCAGCAAACCUGUAAAUACUGCUCACAAGUGGACAGCUGUGCUCUUUACAGCAGAGCGUUUGAACAACAGAUGGAUGACUGUUCAGUCCCGAGCGGCAUGCUGCCCAAAAUAACAGAAGUAACCCAGCAUCUGACGCCGACACACCUGGCGUAUUUCAGCCUGUGGUGUCUAAUGUUAACUCUGGAAACACAAUCAAAAGAUAGCCAAAAGAAUUACCAAAGUAUAUGGCUAAUGCCCGCUUCAGAAAUGGAGGAGAGAGGCACCUGCGUUGGAAGCCUGGUUAGAACAGAACAUGCAAAGAUCGUUUGUGAUGGGCAAUACUUACAUACUUUGCAACGUAAAAAUGGCGCCGUGCCCAUCACAAAUCUAAUGGCAGGUGACAGAAUUGUCGUAAGUGGAGAAGACAGAACACUCUUUGCUGUGUCUAAAGGAUUUGUAAAGAAGAUUAACACGACAACAGUAACCUGCUUACUAGACAGGGACUUGUCGACACUUCCAGAAGCAACUUUGUUCAGAUUAGACCAAGAAGAAAAGAAUUGUGAUAACGUUACUCCACUGGGAAAUCUUUCUAGACUGAUGGAAAACACUUAUGUCAGCAAAAAACUUCGGGAUUUAAUCAUUGACUUUCGUGAACCUCAGUUUACAUCGUACCUCAGUUCUGUUCUCCCACACGAUGCCAAGGAUACAGUUGCCUCCAUUCUAAAAGGUUUGAAUAAACCUCAGAGGCAAGCAAUGAAAAAGGUACUUCUUUCAAAAGACUACACACUCAUUGUGGGUAUGCCUGGAACAGGCAAGACAACUACAAUAUGUACUCUUGUACGAAUUCUCUAUGCCUGUGGCUUUAGUGUUUUGCUGACCAGCUAUACACACUCUGCUGUUGACAAUAUUCUCUUGAAGUUAGCAAAAUUUAAAGUAGGAUUUUUGCGUUUGGGUCAGACUCAGAAGGUUCACCCGGAUAUACAGAAAUUUACCGAGGAGCAAAUUUACAGAUCCAAGUCCAUUAAAUCUUUAUCUCUUCUGGAAGAACUUUACAAUAGUCAACUUAUAGUUGCAACAACAUGCAUGGGAAUAAAUCAUCCCAUUUUUUCCCGUAAGAUGUUUGAUUUUUGUAUUGUGGAUGAAGCCUCUCAAAUUAGCCAGCCAAUCUGCCUGGGACCACUCUUUUUUUCACGGAGGUUUGUGUUGGUGGGAGAUCAUCAGCAGCUUCCUCCCCUGGUGCUAAACCGGGAAGCAAGAGCUCUUGGCAUGAGUGAAAGCUUAUUUAAGAGGCUGGAACAGAAUACAAAUGCUGUUGUCCAAUUAACUGUGCAGUACCGAAUGAACAGUAAAAUUAUGUCCUUAAGUAACAAGCUGAUAUAUGAGGGAAAGCUGGAGUGUGGAUCUGACAAAGUGGCCCAUGCAGUGAUAAACCUGCCCAAAGUGAAGAAUGUGCUGCUGGAACUCGAUGCCGAUUUUCCUGAAAAUUCUUGGCUUAAUGAAGUACUUGAGCCAAACAAUCCUGUUUGUUUUCUUAAUACAGACAAGAUUCCAGCCCCAGAACAAGUUGAAAAAGCUGGUGUGAGCAACAUAGUGGAAGCCAAACUCAUUGUUUUCUUGACCUCACAGUUUAUUAAGGCUGGAUGUAAGCCAUCUGAUAUUGGUAUCAUUGCACCAUACAGGCAACAAUUAAAGAUAAUCAAUGAUUUAUUGAUAAGUUCUUCUGUUGGGACGGUGGAAGUUAAUACAGUUGACAAAUACCAAGGAAGAGACAAAAGUAUCAUCCUAGUAUCUUUUGUUAGAAAUAAUAUGGAUGGAAAUCUUGGUGAACUCUUGAAAGAUUGGCGACGUCUUAAUGUUGCUAUAACCAGAGCCAAACAUAAACUGAUUCUCCUGGGAUGUGUGCCCUCACUAAACCACUACCCUCCUUUGGAGAGGCUCCUCUGCCAUCUGAACUCGGAAAAAUUAAUCAUUGAUCUUCCAUCAGGAGAACAUGCAAGUCUUUGUCACGCAUUAGGUGCUUCUCAAAGGGGAUAAGACACUGCAUUCCUUCCUCUUUCGCACCCGGCGAUGAUUUCCUCUGGUUAGCACAGACUGUUGGCAUUGUGACUGUGCCGGGAAAGUCUUGCCUGCUCAGACCACGAAGAAACGCGUCCCCAAAGGCGACGAAAUGAAGUAAAGGUGUUCUGUUCAGAGUUCUAGAUUUUUUCCUUUUUGUACAAGUUUACCCAAAACGGAAUUUUAAAUUUAUAGGUAAUUGAAAAUGUGUUAUUGUAUGACUUUGAAGAGCAGAUACAUUUUACCAGCUUCAAAUAUGGAUUAACUUUGAAUUUAAGCCUGAACUUUCAAAUCUAAGUAUUGUGGACUAACAUGGUUUUGUAGAUUUUAUGGUAGAAAUUUUAUUAGUAUUCAAUCUGAGUAAAGAAAGUUGAUUUGCUUAUUGAUUUAAAUAUAGGUAUAGUUUUGUGCUAUGUUUGUAGGUCCCUCAUUCAAAGACCAUUUUGUGUGUUUUUUUCCCCCUACCAUCAGAUACGUUUUUUAGCUUAAAGCUAACCUGUUACAUUAGGACUUAUUAUUUCCAGUAAUGCUUUGUUCCCACUCCACCGUUUUAUUUUCAGUAUCCUAGAGUAGAUUUUUAUUACAAGCAAAUCAUGCUUACCUGCUUUUGAGAGGAAAUAAUGACAAAUUAAAAAUCAUAUUUCUGUUUUCAGCAUGCAUGUUUGUAUGUGCCUCUCCAUUAUUACUGUUUUCCUUUUUAUAUGUGAAGUUUCUUUUUGUAAAGCAAAGUUGCCUCAAAAUCAUUCAUUAUGUGGAGGUGACAGAUUUCACCUCAGUGUUUGUAUGUUCCAGGGAGGAAUUUCCCAUUUCUCUCAAGGACUCUUUGCUUCUACCUCAAAUGGUUUUGAAAAUUUUAUCAUUAAGUUUUCAUUAAAUAAAUUAUUUUCUGUUU